AUGUCUGGCAAGACUGUCCUCAUCACUGGUGCCACUGGGCUUCUGGGCCGCCAAGUGGUCAGGGCCUUUGAAAGAAAGGACUGGACCGUCAAGGGUACAGGAUACUCCCGAGCCGAUGGCGCCUCCGUUCUCAAGGUCGACCUCGGCAGCGCAUCCGAGAUUGAAAAGACCCUGGACACGGUCAAGCCCCAGGCUGUUGUUCACUGUGCCGCGAACCGAUUCCCCGACAAGUGCGACAAGGACCCGGAAGGCACUCGAGCUUUGAACGUUGCCGCAUCUAAGUCCCUCGCAGCACUAUGUGCGGCUCGCGACAUAUUCCUCAUCUACAUUUCGACAGACUACGUCUUCCCUGGCAAGCCCGGCGAUGCGCCCUACCAAGCCGAUGACGAGCCCGCUCCGACCAACCUGUACGGCCAGACCAAGCUCGAUGGAGAACGUGCAGUCCUGGAGGAGUACAAGGCGGCCGGAAAGCCCGGACUCGGCGUUGUCAUGCGGGUUCCGGUGCUAUACGGCGACGCUGAGACGCCGUCCGAGAGCGCUGUGAAUGUGCUGAUGGACACUGUCUGGAAAGCACAAGAGGAGGGCGCCAAGAUCAAGAUGGACCACUGGGCACUGCGAUACCCUACCAACACCGAGGAUGUCGGUCGUGUUUGUCAUGAUGUCGCGGCAAAGUAUAUGGCAGCGGGAGAUAGGUCUUCACUGCCUCAAGUGCUGCAGUUCUCUUCGGAAGACAAGAUGACAAAGUACGAGAUCUGCCAGCUCUUUGGAGAGAUCAUGGGUCUAUCCAUUGCGCGGAUCGAGGCCAACGCCGAGGGCAAUGAUCCCAAUGCCAGCGUCCAGAGACCUUAUGAUUGUCACUUGAGCACCAAGGCCUUAAAGGACCUUGAAAUUGAUGUCUCAACACAAGAUUUCAGCGGAUGGUGGAGAUGGUCCGUCCGAGCAUUCAGGAAAUGA